GCACAAUGCGUCUCGCAGUCGUCGCUAUAAUUUCCUUUCCUUUUAUUUUAUUUUCCCCUCCUAUUAUAAAACUUGAAAAAAAGGAAAGUAAAAAACAAAGGGAAAGAGAGAGUUUCCAACGAAAAUCCAGGGCCUUUUGCAGCGAAAGAUUUUGAACGGAUCGCUAUGGCAGUUGCUUCGGACGAAACCACGAGCAUAUGCAAUCACUGUGACAGGGCCAUUCCUAAUUCAAACAUUGAUUUGCAUUAUGCUCAUUGCUCCCGGAAUCUAGAAAAAUGUAAAGUUUGUGGUGAUAUGGUUCCAAAAAAGCAUGCUGAGGAACAUUUCUUAAACACCCAUGCUCCGAUGCCUCAAUUUGGCACGAAGGGAGCUGUAUUUCCUCAAAUUAUAGAUAUAAUUUAUAAGGUGGCCUGUUCACUAUGCAGCGAGACAAUGGAACGUGAAAUUCUAGCCAUACAUAAAGGUGAAAAUUGCCCCCAGAGGAUUGUUACUUGUGAGUUUUGCGAGUUUCCAUUGCCUGCUAUUGAUCUGGCUGAGCAUCAGGAAGUCUGUGGGAACCGAACAGAGCUGUGUCAUCUGUGCAACAGAUACAUUAGACUGAGAGAAAGAUAUAACCAUGAAAGUAGGUGUACUGGUAUUGCGGAAAACAAUGUUGGAUCUUCAAGGGAUGUGAGGGCCACCGAAAGGGAGCAUGGUGCACGGAGAAGACAGCCACCGGGAUAUUCACGGAGACGACUCCUAUUUGCCAUUGCGAUAACCGGCAUUGCUGUUCUAUUAGGAUCAUUAUUUUUCCAGAAGAAGACAGAGCCCAGUCUGGUGCAUUAGCAGAGUAGAGGAAACACACUGGGGUUAUGUAAAUCAGCUUGAGAGCUACAUAUUUCAUUUUCUGUAUCUCAAAUCCUCCUAGAGCAUAUAUUGUUGUUGCUGUAUCGAAGUCAUGCAGAUUGUGUUAAUAUACUGACUGUCCAAUGCGAUAUUUGUUUCUUAGCUUAUAAAAUUUAUUUCCAUGAAAGAUGAAA